GUACUGCAGUGGUUCAUUCAUUGCCGGCCUGAAAAAAACAAAAAGUAUAACCUUACCUUGGAACUCGCUGUGAACUCUUGUGCUAGUGGUCGGUUAUCGUGUGAAGUGCCAGGUGUUUUGCUGUGACCUUACGACGUCGUCCGUGGUGUGAUUUGGUGACGCUGCAAGACGCGCGUUGUUGCUAGUGGCUGUGCUCGUGGCAUAACUUCUCAACAGCCUUCAUUACCAGUUGGCUCCUGCUCUCACUGCAGUGUCCCCAAGACCGGGCCGUGAAAGUACGCCUCUUGCAACACUCCAGAAGCAGUGGCUGAGUAACGUAUUGGCCGAAAGAACUUUGCCGGGAGAAAGAGCAGUGCUGUUUGCGAGGCCUGAAUAGUCUUCCCGAGGCUUCUUCCAAUCUCCACGUGACAUGGACGUUGACCACACCAGUGCAUCGACGGAGAAAGGUGGUGCCUCUGCGAGCAACGCACAGGCGAUGGAUAACUUCGACUUGUCUCUCAACAUGCAAGACCAGGGUCAAGAGAGCGCCGCCACUCAGUCAUACCUGGACCAGACAUUUCACACCCCUAGCUUCGGGGACGAGGAGUUCGAGAUUCCACCCAUCAACCUGCAGAACGUGGGCGGCCCUACGCAUCCCGACGAGGCAGCCACAGCCGAAGGGGUCUACGGAUCCCAGCCGGGGAUGGCUCCGCAGACGAGCAUGGCGCAAGCUAUGGGCUCCCCUAUGUCGGGCGGAAUGAUGGAGCCACCGCAGCACUCCUAUCCGGGGCCCCAGGGGCCCCCUGACAUGUAUCACCACGCCAUGGGCAUGCCGCCUCCGCCGUCCAUGCAUUUACAAAGUGUUACGUCGUACGAUGGCCCGUACCUGGGCCAGUAUCCAUCUCCGCCGGCGGCGCCGCCGCCACAAGGUGCUCUCAUGGGCCCACCGAGCAUGCUGCGCGGACCGGCGCCCAGGGCCGGCUCGGCGGGCAGCGGCUCGCCGCCGGGUUCGAACCAUACUUCGCCGGGCCAGGAGACUACCAGUGAGGAUAGCGACGACAGCACGCCGCUGUCGCAGCUGGUCGGAGGCGUGAAGCGGCCUUCUCCUGAGCCGCUCAUGGACAACGGCGGAGGAAAGACCGCCAAGAAAGCCAAGAUGCCCAAGAAGAAGAAGAAGAGGGACCCCAACGAGCCACAAAAGCCCGUGUCGGCGUACGCUCUGUUCUUCCGCGACACCCAAGCAGCCAUCAAGGGCCAGAACCCUAACGCCAGCUUCGGCGAAGUCUCCAAGAUAGUGGCAUCCAUGUGGGACGGCCUUGAAGCAGACCACAAGAACGUGUACAAGAAGAAGACCGAAGCUGCCAAAAAGGAAUACUUGAAGGCCCUUGCUGCCUACCGGGCGAGCCUUGUCUCUAGGGCCGCUGCUGACCACUCGGACACGCUGUACACGAGUGGGCCUGUCAGUUCGUCAAGUGCAGUGCCCUCACCACCCCAGGGGAGCCUGUCACCCCUGCAGAAGAAGAGUCCGUUGCUGACCUCGCUCAUGGAAGGGGGCUCCCCACAUAAUCAGUACAUGGCCAUGAGCCCGCCCCAGGGCAUGCUUAAUGCACAGCAGCAGGUAUGGUCCAACAUGCAUCCGAUGGCACAGAGCCCCUCCAUGAUGCAGCAGCAGCCACCUCAGCAGACCAUGAUGCAACAGCACUCCCCACCCCAGCAGAUGAUGAUGGCUUCUGCCUCCGUGGCCGCUUCAUCCUACACUGCUGACCUGAUGUCAGCGCCUCCACCCUCGCUGUCCAGCCCAGCUUCCAGUGGUGGGGGCAUGAUGGACCAGCAGGGCCAUAUGCCUGGAGGAGCCUCCCACCAGCGAUGCAUCCGCAACGGCUGCCCCAACCCAGCCAUUGAGUCGCAUGACUGGGACCGAGAGUACUGCAGCAGCGAGUGUGUCGUCUCACACUGCAGAGAUGUCUUCACAGCCUGGGUAGCACAACGGCAGGUUGCCAACACCAACACUUUUGUCAAGUAAACUGGGCCCAUGGCACAGAUCCAGAUAACUGUGCUUGACAGCCUCCUAUUUUUUUAAGAGAGAGAUAAAGGGCCACUCUUAUCCAGGUCUUGGCAUCUGGUACCCUUUUUUUUUUUUAAACAGUUUCCUCAGCUUCAGGCAGCACUUUCUUUUUUGUGUGUGCUGCUGCUUGUUUUGUGUUUUGUUAUGCUUUGUUGCAAUCUGGCCAUGGGAAAGGCUGAUACACUAGUGUGUGGUUUCCUGUGUGUAUAAACAUUUGAUAGUUCUAUGUUUGUAUAAAGUGGUCUCCUAGUAAAUGCAUUCCACAUUGCUGCUACAUCCUGCUACUGACUGGAGGGAAAGGUCUCCUGCUCCGUUCAGCCACUCUGCUCCUCGACCAACACACAGCUUGGUGCGCGAGUUGAUGGCCAGGUGGCAAGCAGCGAGUGAGACUGCCAUCCCAGUGCUGCAGAGACUGUGGACAGAAAAGUGUGCUUCAUUAUAGCAUUAGCCAGCAGCCUGGGUACCUGUGUGACAGUGCUCCCAUGCAUAGCUGCAAGGAGAAGAGCAAGACAGAGCUGUGCUGCAUGAACUAGAAUUGGAAGUGGCAAUUGGAAGUGCGUGGAGAGACACUCGCACCAUCGCUGUUAUCUGCUCAUACUCGUGUGCAAAGGCUCUUAUUAUCCUGCUGUAACUGCUGCUACCUGUAUAAGGCUGCUGACACCUGUUUGCUUCCUCCUUGUGCUUCCUACCUUCAUUUCCGCCCUAGCUUCUGCAUUGUGUUUUGUUUGAUGAAGAUGUUGUUUUAUGAAAUCCCAUUUCCUGUGUUCAAACUAAUAAAAAUAAAAAGCCUGUUGUUGAA